GAAGCAUCCCGCUUCAGAAAGGCCCAUUGGCUGCUGAAUAAUAAAUACCCUGAGCCCGCCCAUGUCAUGUUUAUUGAUCAGCUCUCCGGGGCCUAUCUGACAGCAGUCAGAUGAGUCGGGAUAUGGCGUCGCUGCACCGACACAGGAUGAAUUUUCACCUCUCCGUGGGAAUUUACAAGUCGCGCGCCGGGACAUCGCUUGCUUUUUGCCGCCGUUAAAAGGGAUCACACAUGGCGAUGGAGGACGAGGACAAUAACGCGGAGGUCGCUGCGACCAACGUCCGAACGGGCAUCAAGAGAGGAGGUGAUGUCGGAGAUAACGGGGCUUGCAUAGACAGGCAGCCGGACACGGUGGUCCACCAGGCGGGGCUGAAUCAGACUGCGGGUCGCGGCAGCCGCAGUGGUCCCGGAGCUCACGCUGCGACGGGGAUCCGAGUGCUAAAGCAGCGCAACAUGAAGCGGAACGGGAGUCGAAGCUGCGUGACGAGAAAAACCAGGUUUGGAUCACGAGAGCGGGACUGGCUGAAAGGGGACACCCAGCGGGGCUGUGUGUGUCUGUAUGGGGGAACAGUAGACCCUCAGCCACCUGCCUCUGGCACACAGGCCUCCUCCACCCCUCAGACAGACCUGCAGUUGGUGCUCUGCUCCACCAGUACCACGGUGGAGGAGCUGUGUGCUCAGAAGAACGGACACGCACUUUACGUUCAACUGCACGGAGACCUAGUGAGGAGGCUGGAUCCCUCUGAGCGUCCGCUCCAGAUGGUGUAUGACUACUUGGCGUCGAUGGGCUAUGCAGACCCUGUACGAGUGCAGCAAGAAGCCGCCAACUCAGACCUCAGCUGUUUGAUCCGUUUCUACAGUGAGCGUCCAGUGAAUGCGGACCAGCAGGAGCGGACCUUGCUGAAAGGCGUGUUCAGCGUCAGGAAGGGCAAGACUCAGCUGCACAAGUGGGCCGAGCGGCAGGUCAUUCUCUGUGGCACCUGUUUGAUCGUGGCCUCUGUGAAAGACAGCCUCACCGGGAAGAUGCACAUCCUGCCCCUGGUGGGGGGAAAGGUGGAGGAGGUGAAGCGGAGGCAGCACUGUCUGAUGUUCAGCUCAGCCGGAUCUCAGGCUCAGACAUACUUUGUCAACUUUGACACACUUGCAGACUAUCAGCGAUGGCACCGGCAGGCGUCAAAAGUGGUGUCUCAGACGGUAAGCCUAGUGGACUUGUCCUGCUACAGUCUGGAAGCAGUGCCUGAAUAUCUGUUUUACAGUCAGGACAUUACCCAUCUCAACUUGCGACACAACUUCAUGAGCCUGCAGGGACCUGGAGGCCUGCUCAACCUCCCCAGGUUUUCUCAGCUGAAGAGCCUGAACUUAUCUCAUAACCGUCUGGGUGUGUUCCCCGAGUGUGUGUGCGAGAUCCUCACCCUAACUGAACUCAACCUCUCCUGUAACAGUCUCCGCGCCAUCCCUGUACAGAUAGGCAACCUUCAAAGCCUGCAGACGCUGUCUUUGGAUGGAAACCACCUCAGCUCCCUGCCUGAAGAGAUGGGUGGCCUGUUUCAGCUCAACAGCCUGGGGCUUUCCUUCAACAGCUUCUCUCACGUCCCUGCUGUGCUGGAGAGAUUGAGUGCAGUUGACAAGCUGGCUAUGGCUGGGAACAGAGUGGAGAGUCUGGAUUUGUGCACUCUGGUCAGAAUGAGCCACCUGAAAAACAUUGACCUCCGGCUGAAUGGAUUGCGGUGGGUGAAAAGUGAGAAUCUAGAGGUAGUGAGCCAGGUGACCCAGCUGGACUUGCGAGACAACUGCUUAGAAUCGCUAGACCUCAGCUCUGUGUGCAACCUGGAGACUCUGCACUGCCAACGCAACCAGCUGGGGACACUCACACUCAGCGGUUUCACACUGCGCAUGCUUCAUGCCAGCAGCAACCGCCUUACAACAGUCAACAUCUAUCCAGUCCCUAACCAGCUGACGCACAUGGACCUAUCACAGAACCUCUUGGAGUAUCUUCCAGACUGGGUGUGUGACUGCAGAAAAAUUGAGAUGCUGGACAUUACACGUAACCUCCUGUCGGAGCUUCCUUCCAGACUGCUUAACAGCUUGAGUUUGAGGAAGCUGCUGACGGGGUGCAACCGCUUGCAAAGAGUGCCUGAACUCCUUGACCAUGUCCCUCUGGAAGCCCUGGACCUCCAGCACAACAUGCUAGCUGAGCUUCCAGAGAGUCUGUUUCUGAAGGCCUUAAACCUGAAAUACUUAAACGUGUCAGCCAAUGCCUUGGAAAGCAUUCCGCCGAGCAGCCAAUCAGAGGAGAGCCUCAGCACACUCCAGGAGCUCUACCUGACGGGGAACAACCUGAGCGAGAACUGCGGCGCUCUGCUGGUCGGACACCAGAACCUGCGGAUCCUCCACAUUGCCUACAACCAGUUACUCUCAUUCCCUGCCAGUAAGCUAAGUAAGCUGGAACUGCUGGAGGAGCUAAAUUUAAGCGGCAACAAUCUAAAAACAAUACCCUCCACUGUGUCCAGCUGUAAGAGACUGCACACCCUCAUAGCACACUCGAACCACAUCAGCGUCUUCCCAGAGAUCCUCAACCUCCCCGAGAUCAAGCUUGUCGAUCUAAGCUGCAAUGAGCUCACUGAGAUCCAGCUGCCCGAUUCCCUGCCUGCCUCUUUACAAGAGCUGGACCUGACAGGCAACAGCAGCCUGAUGCUGGAACACAAAACCCUCAAUCUCUUCAGCCACAUCACCACCCUGAAAUUAGACCAGAAAUCCACCACAACAGCAGGAGACUCUCUGAGCGCCUCCACUCCUUGGAAGCAUGGCUACUCUGAAAUGAGCGGGCAAAGGAACAAGUUGUGUGUGUCUGUGCUGGCUGUAGACCACUUCAGAGACAGCGUGGAAGCAUGCUAUGGUAUCUUUGACGGAGACCGCAACGAGGAAGUGCCUCGCCUGUUGCAGUGCACUAUGGGAGACGUGCUGUGCGAGGAGCUGCAGCACUCCAGUGUUGACAGUGUGUAUAUGUGCAACACUUUCCUCACCUCACACAGGAAACUUGGUAUGGCUGGUCAGAAGCUGGGUGCAUCUGGCCUGCUGUGUUAUAUCCACCGUGAGACUUCAGAUCCAGGAGCAUCCUUUAGCCUUACUGUGGCCAAUGUGGGUACCUGCCAAGCCGUGCUGUGCCGAAAUGGACAACCUGUACCUCUCUCUAAGGUUUACAGUUUGGAGAACUGCACUGAGGAAAUGGAGCGGGUUAAAGUCAGUAAAGCCAUUAUUACAGAGGAUAACAAAGUGAGUGGAGUGACAUGCUGCUCUCGCCUGUUGGGCUGCUCUUAUCUGUCUCCCUGGGUGCUUCCAAAGCCCUGGGUGCACACUGAGCCGCUUUGUUCCCAGGAUGAGUUCUUGAUCCUGGGGAAUCGAGCCCUGUUUGAGCGAGUUUCCUACCAGGAGGCUGUGUGCACCGUGCAGGCUGUCCGGGAUCCCCGUGCUGCUGCUAAGAAGUUGUGUUCACUUGCCCAAAGUUACGGUUGCAAGGACAACAUCGGAGCUGUCGUGGUGUCCCUGCACAUUGGUGAGGACAGCUGCACAUGUGAGCCGCCGGUCACCACCACCGAGCCACGGGGCCCUGCUCCUGCUCCCGUUCCUGCGUCUGUGAUCCCGGGCCCUAGCGACCCAGCCACCAACCUCUCCUCCAGCAGUGGCAUUGUCACUGAGUUCAGCAGUGAGACGUCAGCUUCAGAGAUCGGCAGCGAAGCGGGGUCCACCGCUUCAGAUGAACACCCAUCCUCUGGCACUGUGACCCGCCCAGAGAGACGCUGUAGCCUACACCCCGCUACCACACUGUGCGGCAUCAUGGUGCCAGGCUCAGGUGGGACAGGACCCCACCCAGGUCUAUUCCAGCAGCAGCCGUCCAGCACCACAUUCUCAAGUAACCAGUCGGACAAUGGCUUGGACAGUGAUGAUGAAGCUCCACUCGAGGGUGUCAUCUCCAAUGGUAGCAAAUUAGAAGUGGAAGUAGACAUUCACUGUUGUGCUUUUCAGCUGCGGUCGGGGCCCCACGAGAGCCCCAGAGACUCGGACUUUGAAAAACGAGGCUUUGACCAUCCCAGUGGUAAAAUGCGCAGACAGAACAGCGUGGUGGUUUCUGCUACAAACGGCUGCCUGCUUGCUGUAUGUGGGAGAGAGAUUGCUGACCUUAAGAAAUCUCCCUCCACAUCCAGCCUGUUUGGGAAGAAGUUGUCCAAUGGUUCUGUGGUAGCCCCUGAAGACAGUCACAACCUAAUUGAGGUUGCCCUAGAGGCUCCCAAGAAAAAGUCUGGCUAUUUCACAGCUCCAGCACAGCAGGACCCAGAGGACCAGCUGAUUGUGCCUCCUAGUCUGGAGCAGGAAGUCAGGGAGCAGCUACGAGGCCAGAGCCCUCUAGUCUCAGGCCCCUCUGCACCAACCACACCCUCCUCCUUAAAAGAUCCAGUGUGGGAUCAUCCACACCCCCCAGCAUUUCCAUCCAGCCUGGUUCCAGGUCCAGGCCCGACUCCUAUCCUACAACAGGAGGUUUAUGAUACCGCCCUCUAAGGGGGAGGAUUUCUGUGAUUGUGCCAUUCUGGGACAGAAGAUUUUUCUCAUACACGAGGGAAAGUCCAGUUAAAGUUGCCAUUCAGAUACUUUCUGCGAACAAGACAAACCUGUGGCAUCUUAACGGUCACUAAGCGAUGCCUUUCAACGUGAGGUCAAAAAAAGUGUACGGUCUGAGUAUCUGAGAGAACAAAGGCAAAUAAAAAGAAAAAAGAUUUCAGUUUGUAACAGAACAUUGUGAAACAGAAAGCUGGCUGUAUUAGACAAAGAACAAGUCUGACCUGAAAUUGAAUACCUCGAGUGUUUGAACUCGUCAGCAGCAUUUCCCUUUACUUGGAAAGCAAAGCAAUCUGGAGGGUGUGCAAGAGAUCAUGUCAGAUCUUUUCUCCAGGAGCUCUGUUGUCUCUCAGAUCCUGGAGGGAAGUACUAUGACGGAAACAUGAAAAAGUGCCUACUACAGAAGACACAGCCUAGAGCUCCCUACAUCCUGGCUGUGUUUCAGACGUGAGUUUGAUAGUUGAAUUUGCAGGAUGGAUUGUGUCUCUAAGAGACCGGGACUGGCACAGCUUCGGCUCUCCUCCUCCUCCUCCUCUACCUGUGGCUUACGAAGGAAAUCAGAGUCUAAAUGCUUAUAAUACACACAGAUCUGAAAACAACACAACUGCAUUUUCAUUAUGUUUUUUAUUGUUAGCAUUUCCACACGAUAUAUAAAGAAUUGUCUAUCACUCCUACAUAGUAAAGUACAAACUCACAUCUAGCGGGUGGCCGAUGUAAUGUGCUUACAUUGCUGACAUUAAGACUGAAUAUUUUUUCUAUGUAGAGCAAUGCAAUAUCUAAGUCAUUCAGUUGUACAGCAAGAGGCGAUUAGUGGAGGUUAACAACUGUUACUGCAGUAUAUUCUGUGACAGUGCAUGAUAAAAUGAGCUCCUUAAAACAUUCAUAGGAAGAUAAAAGAUUCAUUUGAAUUUAGUCAGUUUUAUGGUCACUGGAUAGUGGACUGGACAAAUGAGCUAAGACACAAAACUGAAGUAUUACAUAUUGUAAGGCCAAGAGAUAUAAAAUCAGGAUUUUUACUGCAUGUGUGAAAAUAUCCCCUCUGGUACUUACAUUUUAGUAUAUUUGAAUUUUGGAGGCUGCUUCUGCUUUUUAAAAUUUGACAGCAUCAGUCCAUCCUGUCUCUUGAGGCAGAUUUCAUUAUUGACGUUUUUACUUUGCAAAAUGUUUUAAAUCUUACCUCUAUAAUGCACUACUCAUACAUCCAGGUGAGGUUUGGCGUGUGGUGUUUAGACCCUAAGAGAACUGAAACCCUAUUCUCUUGCAUUUUUUUUUAGUCAUUUAUUAUACAUCAUGGAUAUGUGUGCAACUGACAAAAACAAAAUGUAGGAAGGACUGCCUUAUCACCGUGUUAUCUGAAAAACUACAUUAAAAGCAUUGCCAUAUCAUUUAAUUAGCUUUCUGGGUAGAAUAAAUUGACUUUCCCAAAUCAAAUUGGUGAAGGAACAAGUUAGAGCACCUGUAUGUUUUACUAAAAACAUAAAAACAUUGAGAUUUGGUGCCUGUGUAUUGAUAACAUAUCACAAAAGGAAGAGAAGGUCUAUAUAUAUAUAUAUACAUAUUUUGGACCUAGAUCUAUUAAUGUCUUGCUAUGGUUUGAUGUAGCUUUCAUUUUUACUUGGGCACAUUUAUGUCCACACGCCUUUGUAAUCAUAUGGCUACUUUAGUUGUGGCUACACACAGUUAAUGUACAAAUAUUAUGAGUGUCGCAGCAGUAUAGGGUGCCCAAAUAAGAAUAUUUCAGUCCCUUCCAUUAAGAAUAAGUACAACCACUGGACACUUUGUUAGCUACACCUAUUCAGCUGUUCAUUAACAAAAAUAUCUAACUAGCCAAUCACAUGGCAGCAACUCAAAGCAUUUAGAUGUGUAGACCUUAUCAAGACGACCUGCUGAAGUUUAAAGCGAGCAUCAGAAUCGGGGAAGAAAGGUCAUUUCAGUGACUUUAAAUGCAGUGUUGCUGUUGGUGCCAGACGCGAUGGUACGAAUAUUCCAGAAACUGCUGAUCUGAGAUUUUCCCGGACAGGCACCUUUAAAGUUUACAGAGAAUGGUCUGAAAAAGAGAAAAUGUCCAGUGAGUGGCAGUGCUCUGUGGAAAAAUUCCUUGUUGAUGUCAGAGGUUAGGCGAGAAUGGGCAGACUUCUUUGAGCUGAUAGGUAAACAGAAGUACUACAAAUAACCACGGAUUACAGCCAACAUAUGCAGAAGAGCACCUCUGAUUGCAUGACACACUGAACCUUUAAGAAGAUCCACCUUGGGUGACAUUACUGUGAGCUAAGAACAAGUUGUGUUAGCUCCCCAAACAUGCACAACAAAAGAUGGAAAAACGUUGCCUGGUUUGAUGAGUCUUUUUUCUGUUGCAACAUUCAAGUGGGAGUGUCAGAAUUGAUGUAAACAGCAUGAAAGGAUGGGUUCAUCCUGCCUUGCAUAAACAGUUUAGGCUACUGCUGGUGGUGUAAGGGUGUGGGAGGUAUUAUUUCUCCAUAGUUAAUACCAUGGAGAUAUGUUUAAACACCACUGAGUCUUGUUGCUGACCAUGUCCAACCCUUUAUGAGCACAUUGUACAAAUCUUCUGAUGGCUGCUUCCAGAAAGAUAGCGUCAAUUCAUUCAAACUGGUUUCUUGAACAUGACAAUGAGUUACUUUACUCAAAUGGCCUCCACAGUCACCAGAUCUCAAUCUAAUCGAGCAGCUUUGGGAUGUGGUGAACAGGAGGUUCACAUCACGUGCGCUUGACAAAUCUGCAGCUACUAUAUGAUGCUAUCAUGCUAAUGUGGAGCAAGAUCUCUGAGGAAUGUUUUAGGCACCUUGCUGAAUCUAUGCUACUAAGAAUUAAGGCACUUCUGAAUGCAAAAGGGGGUCUAACUCAAUGUUAGCAAAGUGUACCUAAUAAGGUGGCCAGUGAGUAUUCUUUCACAAUGCUUCAGCAGUGGACGUCAUCCAUUUUUAAAAAUAUGUUGUCAACUGACUUGUCAUAUUUAUGACAGAAAAAAUACAUUAUUGUCUAAACUGUCAGUUAUAUGUUAUGUAGCCUUGGAAACCUCACAUUGUCCAGUCCUAAACCUCCCCACCUUGUGCCAAAAGAGGAAGCAACUCUGCAGAGCUGCUGUGGCUAAGCCCAAAGUUGGGUAAUUGCUCUUGUCAGUGAUUACUACAAUAGAUUUAUAUUUUUUUUCGGUUGCCACUACAUGUUGGAAGGAACUACACAGCCGUUGUACAUCCAGACCUUUCAGUGUUCUCUUUUAGCCUUAAUGUAACACUACUCAGUAUUUUUGAAGCGAGGAGCCUUUUGUUUCUUUCCAUUGAUGUUCUGUCUGUGAAUGAGGUCUUUGGCUCUAUGUGAAUGAGUGAGAAGUCAGUGAAGAUGCCUUAAAUGCUGUGUGGGUAUGAAUUCCUCCUUGUUUUAUUGCAUUUCAUCUCCUGAAAAGAAUAUACACUGUCAAAAGCACCUUGUACAUAGAAUAUAAUAGUAAUAUCCAGAGUUAUGUAUAUUUAAUUUUAUUAUAUACAUUUUUUUAGCAUAGUGUUCUGAGAUUAUUGUGGCUUCCCUCAGCCAAGUGCAUCAUCUUUUGUCUUUGACGACACUGACAAUAUUAUUAAUUUACAAUAUUUUUAAGUCUCAUUAACAUCACAAAGAUAUUUUUUCAUUCGAAGUUUUUUGUUUGUCACCACUUAGAGUUUUGUUAGUAUCUUAACUUAUAUUUAAAUAUUUCAAAUUAACACCACAAAACUACAUAAACUAACACUACCUUCCUGCAUUGCUUUUACUCUGUGUAAAUAUAAGUUCAUGAAAAUCAGGACAUACAGUUAUUAUCCACAUGUAGGAGUCUGAGAUCAUAUUUAGAUGUAUCGGUACUGUCCGUAUUCUGCUGUUUCAGAAUUCAAGAACUAAUUUUAACCCCCAAAUGCUUUUUUUUAACAUCUAAAAUUACAAAUAGCAAAUCCAGUUUUGUGAUAAAGAUAAUCAUUUUAUUCCUGUCACUUUAUUGAUCAGUCCAUGCUGGGUCUGACAUGCCAAACACAUGGGACUCUGUGGUUCUGUCUGUGCCUAGACCUCCACAAUCGGAGCCCACACAUAGUGCCACACAUCUGGAUCACUGGCAGUGGAACACUGACGGGCACUGCAGGUGUAGAUGCCACGUGGGGAGCUAAGCUAGCUUAUGAUUGUGAAUGUUACUGAUACAUAUCUGAAAUGUUAAUGAAGUCUGGAGAGGAGAAACUGAACUUUCUAUAAGGUUUCAUAUCACACAGUGGUAAAAUCCCUUGUAAAAUAUGCAAAGUGUACAUAUAUACCUGUAUAUCAGAGCGUCAAUUUCCCAUCACCUUUAACUAUACGACUCAUGUUUCAAUAUGUCUGAUAAUGAAUAUUGGCUGGUGUGUGUGUAUAAUGUUUGUGGAGGUUGUGUUUGUAAUUUGCAUUGUGUUGCUUUUUUUUGUCCCUUUGGCACUUUGGCAGUGUGGUUUUAUGAGUUUGCCCCCAGCUGCCAUGUCAGACUGGGACUGUACUGCAUUGCUAUAUUUAGUGCUCUUUAAACUAACUGGGCCCUUUUGCGUUAUAACAUUUGUACUGUUGUUGUACAUUCAUGCGUUCAGUCUGUCUUUUGGUUGAUGCCAUCACCCUCAGUCCGGUACAAUAUACUCACAAAAUAGAAGUACAUUUGGAUAAUGA